UGCAAAGUGACAAGCUCCAGGUGUGAUCUCCCAGGGCUGGUGCUGGGUUUUUCCACAAGCAGGCUCAGCUGGGGCGUGUUCUGCCCGGGGUGUGAGUCAGCACACAAGUAGUUAAGUCGGCAGCCGGGCUCCCCGGGCUAACGCAGUGGCCUCGGGGACUUAGCAUGCAGCACCGCUCAGCAGAGCCGGGUCCUGGCGCUCCCCAGGAGGACUGACAUGCUGCCUGGAACAAACAACAGCAGGUCUAGGUUUCAGAAUGUGCUGAGAAAUCUUGGCUGAGCAACGUGAAAGGUGAAAGGAACGAGAUUCUGGACUGUCAUUUGCUUUACUGGGAUGCAGAAUUUCUUUUGAUUGUUUAAAUCAGGAGAGAUGGCCAAACGCACCUUCUCCACGUUAGAGAUAUUCCUGAUCUUCAUCCUAGUAUUGAUGACCGCUGUCACGGUAGCCCUUCUCAGCCUCCUGUUUAUCACCAGUGGGACCAUUGAAAAUCACAAAGAUUCCAGUUUUCCGUCCACCCAGAGCUCCACAGCCAGUCAAGGCUCGACAAUCACCAGUGGCUCUACAACCACCCAGGCACCUCCUGUGAUUAGCACCCCAGAGCCUCCUCUCUUUCAGAACUUUAGUGGCUACCGUAUUGGUGUUGGGCGAGCUGACUGCACAGGACAAGUAGCAGAUAUCAACUUGAUGGGCUACGGUAAGCCUGGCCAGAAUGCACGGGGCAUUCUCACGAGGCUGUACAGCCGUGCUUUCAUCAUGGCGGAGCCCGAUGGGUCAAAUCGAGUGGUGUUUGUCAGCACUGACAUAGGCAUGGUAUCCCAACGACUCAGGCUUGAGGUCCUGAACAGACUGCAGAGUAAAUAUGGUUCCCUGUACAGAAGAGACAACAUCAUCCUGAGCGGCACUCACACUCACUCGGGACCAGCGGGAUUUUUCCAGUAUACCAUGUUUGUCAUCGCCAGUGAAGGGUUUAGCAAUCGAACUUUUGAAUACAUGGUCACUGGCAUCGUGAAGAGCAUCGAGAUGGCACACAAAAACAUGAAACCAGGCAAAAUCUUUAUCAACAAAGGAAUUGUGGAAGGUGCCCAGAUCAACCGAAGCCCCUCUUCUUAUCUUCAGAAUCCUGAGUCAGAGAGGGCCAGGUAUUCUUCAAAUACCGACAAAGAAAUGGUCGUCCUAAAAAUGGAAGAUUUGAAUGGAGCUGAACUGGGCCUUCUCAGUGUUAACUCUGGUUUGCGAAGCCGUGCUCUCUAUUUCUAUGACCUGAAUUUCUUCUUCCUGUUCUGCCUCGUCCAUGUUGCCGUGAAGAUUGAUGCCGUCUUCUUGCUCCAACUUCCGAUGCUUCAGGGAGUAAGAAUUUCAGUCUCUGCUGAUAUGUUCUUUUCCUGGCUUCAGGUGGUUCUCUUCCCUGCAUGCAGAGUUGAGGGGAACCUUCUACAGAUCUCCAGAGUUCUCUCUCUGUAUGUAGCUCUCUCUCUGGGAGAAGUUGUUGAAGUUACAUUCGUAGGCGCUAACCCAAAGAAUUCAGCAGAAAACCAGACCCAUCAGACCUUCCUCACUGUCGAGAAAUACGCAGCUGCAUCAGCAACAUGGCAAAUAGUGCAUAAUGAUGCCUCCUGGGAGACUCGUUUCUAUUGGCACAAGGGACUGCUGGGUCACAGCAAUGCCACCAUCCAAUGGUAUAUUCCAGACACUGCCCAGCCUGGAAGCUACAGAAUAAGAUACUUUGGACACAAUCAGAAGCAGGACUUUCUCAAGCCGGUCGUCAUCCUUCCAUUUGAAAGCACUUCCUCUACCUUUGAAGUAGUAUGAAGAGUUGAAGUUCAUUGAAACUUCAUGAAGAGUUGAUAGUUCAUUGAAAGAGCGGCCACACUCUAUAAUUUAUAAAAAUGAUUUCACAUGAAUGUAAACUGUGAUGAUGACUUCAAUAAUUGUCCCUGUUGGGGGACAGAUAGUUUACUGUGAGUGGGACAGAGGGGUGUGUGUGUAUGUGGGUCCCAUUCGCCUUGCUCUAGGAGCUUCGCACCCCUGAUGGUCUAGACCCUAAUGCAUGACUUCCCUCAGGGCCUUGCGGCUAUUUGAAGGAACACAUCCCCUCAAUAUGAAGCCUCUGAAAAGUGAGUGAGUGAGAGUGCUUGGAGAUAUGUGAACAAUGGUACACCUAUUUAUGUAUAGAAUUAUUGAAUGUUAGUUCUGGGAAAGUUUAAAGAGAUCGCAGACUUUGAUUCUUUCUUUUGCAGAUGGGAACAAUGAAGUUUCGUGGAUUUGAGAUUAACAAAGGCUCCAGGACCUCCCCUUACCCCCUGCCCCCAUCACACUUAAAUAUAUAUUAUAUAAACACUGACCAUAAAUGUAUAUGCCCAAUUAGAGAAAAUUAGUGUGGAGAUUAGCAUGCUGACUAUUCUAUCUUGAGCAUAGCCUCUCAAAGCCAUUACCCUGGAGUCGAUGUACCUGAUCCAGAGCUGUUAAUGCUGGUAAAUUAUUUCUGGCAUUGCCUUCUGAGGCCAAUCACAAGAAAGUCAGACCUGUAAUAUUUUGAUCAUGCCUUGUGUUCCCUAACUGCCCUUAUCCCCCCGAAUUGUGUCUCCUAUUCCCCAAGACUGGUUCUAAGUGAUUUUGACUGUUUUCACUAAUCACAUUCACCCCCAAAACACAAGCUUUGCCAUUAGUCUAGAUAUUUAAAACAAAAGUGUUACUGGAUUGGAAGGGGGUCCUCGAAGGGUAAGCUCUAAAUUCAUUUAUCUGUUCUUUUAUCACUCACUCAUGGACUCGUUCAAUCACAGAAUAUUUAUUAAAACCUACAUACCCAGUAUUGUA